GGAGCUGAAAUACCAUCCCUAAAAAUAUUCUCUCAGAAAAACUCAUCGGAAGGCUCAGUUCAGAAAAGAGUAAAAGAGCAAAAUGGGCUCUCAGCAGGAAGAUCCAAACCAGAAAGACGAUAACAGACACUAGCAUCGCUCAUGCGAGGAUGCUAAUAUUACUAGAGUACAAAUCUAGGAAAGACCGUGAUUUUGAGAGGCAAAGAGUAAUUAAGACCUUCAAAUAAAGGAGUCUUACAAAUGUGUCUGAAGGUUUUUAAUGAGUUCAAAAAUUUGAACAAACACAAGAAAUACACAUUACCAAAAGUGGUGAUGAGACGCAAGGCAAUUGUAGAUCAGCUGUUUAGUACUAUCCAACCUGAUCUGAGCAGAAAAGACCGACAUUCGUCAAGUACUGAAGGAUUUCCACAUAAAUUUCAUCUUUGGAAUGGAACUAGAAGGAAUGCUAUAUCCACCAUAAAAAUAGCAAGUGCAAUGUUUAGUCCUUCAAACUCUAGAGGAAAAACUCCUGAUCUUGUGUUGCCUGAACAUAUGAGAGAAGUUCUAGAUGAGAGCAAACGAUCUCACAAGAAGUUAUUCAAAGAUUUCACUGGAGCAAUCUCCACCCAAAAAUCACCCCACGCUUCAGUUUCAAGAAACCCUUUAAUAAAGAGAAUAAUAAAAAUUGAUCAUAGGACGAAAAAGUCUAAAAAUAGAAUUUCAGAAAUAGGCAAACCUCUCUUUGCGAACGAUGAGGACAGGACGAGGGCUGGGUCAGGCUCCCUCUACACAAUGAAGAGACUAAAAAAAGUGAAUUCUGCGCAUACCUCAAAGAUGUACUCAGACUUCCAAGAGUCCUCAAAUAAUACACACCUUCAGAGGAUUAGAACUAAACUUGAAACGCAGCCAAAGUUCACAAAAAUCUUUCACAGAUAUAUGAAACGGGAUGUCUCGAAGAAGGAAGAAGAACAAAGACAUGCUACGAGACAAAGAAUGGGUAUUAUAACGUAACAGUGAAGCUCAGCCACUUCCUAUAGUAUUGGCUUC